GGCCCACAGUGGGCAUGGAGGCGGCACAGGCUGGAGACUUGACGCGCCGGCAGGAACUUCUGGCGCCACCUUGUCUGGACACCGAGUCGCUCCGGAAGAGUCGACCCCCCGCGCUGGAGCCUGGAGCCCUGAGAUGCCUCACUCCCAAUAUCAGGUCUCUGUGGCCUACAUGCCAGGACUCGGUCAGCACUGCAUUGCCUUUCCUCCAAGAGAAAGAAAAGGGACUGCCGGGUUCCCCUUCGCCGGCCACCCAGGUCCUGGGGUCGUGCUGGGAGCUGAUGGUCAUAGGAAUGUCAGACCACCUGAGUAUGGCCAGGAAUCCCAGGGGCACACAGUGCCCUAACCUGGAAAUUUCCAGUGCUACUUCUCCUGCCUCACUCCAGAGAAGACCACGGAAGCAGCUAAACCCGCGAAUGGGUAUUGAGAAGGUGGACCCCAGGUUCAAGGGGGUAACUCUGGAGUUCCAGAUCCAGCCGGAUUCUAGCCUCCAGAUUGUACCCACCUACAGCUUGCCUGGAAGAAGUUGUUCACAAAAGCUUCCUGCAAGCCCUUCCAAGGCUCUGGCCAGCCCAGGAAGCAGUGAGGCCCUUGGGCCCAGGCGGUGUGCUUCUUGUAGAACCCAGAGGACUCCACUAUGGAGAGACGCUGAAGAUGGGACACCCCUCUGCAAUGCCUGUGGCAUCAGGUACAAGAAAUAUGGCACCCGUUGUUCCAGUUGCUGGCUGGUCCCAAGGAAAAGCAUCCAGCCCAAAAGGCUCUGUGGCAGGUGUGGGAUGUCCCAGGACCCCCACCUCAGCCCAACCCAGGAACUGUAAGCCCUUCUUUACCUAGCCAAGUCAGCUUUGUCUCAGUUUCUCUAUUGGAGACAAUGGAGGCUGACAGGGAUCCCAGUGGGAGAGUCAGGCCUCAGGCCCAGAGUCCCACCUGUGGGGGGUCACCUACCCUCUGGCUUCCCCUUCCCCACUCAGUCCUGGAUGAACCCCAAAUAAAAGAAAAUCAUUUCAGAAAUG